AUGGCUGAGUAUCUCAAGAAUGGUGUCAAAUUUGGUGUAGCGUCUACUACAUUAACUUUGAACGCUCCAAACCAUCUCAUGUAUCUAUACGAGAGACUGCAGAAGGAGUAUGGAGUUCGAUUCGUCCGGAAGGUUGUUUCAGACAUCAGAGACCCGUUUUCGAAUCCCAAAACCAAGAUCGUGUUCAAUUGCGUCGGUAACCAGGCAAAGACUCUUCUUGGAGUAGAAGACUCCCAGUGUUAUCCAACAAGAGGCCAAGUGUUGCUUGCACGUGUGCCUCAUGUGCACACAAAUGUCAUGAGACAUGGACGAGGCUAUGAGACGUAUAUUAUUCCCCGACCUGAAUCCAACGGAUGUGUCAUCUUGGGAGGUUACAUGCAAAAAGGGAACAGCGACAGCUCUACCUACGCGAGCGAGGCCGACUCCAUAAUCGAACGAACCACAGCUUUGAGCCCAGAGCUGUCCAAACACAGCUUCGAGACUCUCGCAGCCUUCUCAAGCCUUAGACCUUCACGAGAGGGCGGUGCAAGAAUUGAACGCACUGACAUUGAUGUAGCUGGUCACACUCGCAUUAUUGUGCAUAACUAUGGUGCCGGCGGUACAGGGUUCCAAGCAGGCUAUGGUAUGGCUACUGAGUCCGUGGACACUGCUGAUGACAUACUUGAGCAGUGGAGAAGCAGGUUUUCAGAAAAACUAUGA